AUGAGGCACAACCCUCUUCUCAUAUCAUCUCUUGCUGCGCACACAGCGAGCAUUUUCUCCAAGGCAGGCGAAGAUCUUUCGUCACUCAAAGAAGACAUAUUCGGAAGAUGGAGGCGUUAUCUACAACUUAAGGAGCACUUAUAUCUUGCAUACGCUUACGCUUUCCUUGGCGAAUCUCUGCUCAAAGAGGAUAAAUGUGGCGAAGCAGUAAGAGCUUGCAAGGAAGGUGUUGCUGAGUACGAAAUUUCUUGCGAUUUUGCAUCAAAAUACAGUACUGCCCCAGGACCAGGUACUCGAAUAAAGCCUCAAGAGCAUUUGUUUUUCCGCAACGUUAAACCUCUACUUAUACGCCACCUCGAAAAAGCUCAGCUCGUUCCUGACGAGUGUCCGCAGUUGGAUUCAGAACCAAAUUAUGGUGUUGCGAAAGCUGAACCAUUCCUGUAUCCAGCGCCAGCUGAUUGUUGGACUCCUGCAGUGUACGCAUCAUUCGAUAUAGGAAAAGCUACGAUGCCUGACUUCUCAAAAAUCAAGAAAGGAAAAAGUGAGCUCAAGCCUGUAAAUGAAGAGAAGAUUUACCAAACGGAAAGAGAUGCAAGUAAUUUCAGUGGAUGUACCAUUUCUUGA